CCUGCCCGGUGCCGCCGCCGUUCCCGGCGCGCUCCCGGCGCCGCCGCUGCCCUCGCUGCCAUGGCGGCCGCGGGCUGGGCGCCCACCCACGCGCGGGUGACGGUGCUGCGGGCGCGGGGGCUCCGCGCCAAGGCGGCGGCGGGCGGCAGCGACGCGUACGCGGUGAUGGCGCUGGGCCGCGACAAGUUCCGCACGUCGGUGGCCGAGCGGUGCCGGGGGGAGCCGCUGUGGCGGGAGGAGGCCACGUUCGAGCUGCCCGCGCGCCCCGCCGCGCUGCGCCUCACGGUGCUGCACCGCGCCCUGGCCGGCGCCGACAAGUUCCUGGGCCGCGCCGAGGUGGAUCUGGCGGCGCUGCGGGACGACGGCGACCGGCGGCACACGAGGUGGUACAAGCUUCGCUCCAAACCGGGGAAGAAGGAAAAAGAGAGAGGGGAGAUCGAGGUGGAUAUCCAGUUUAUGAGGAGCAACAUGACAGCCAGCAUGUUUGAUCUGUCCAUGAAGGACAAGCCCCGCUCUCCCUUUGGGAAGCUCAAAGACAAGCUCAAGGGCAAGAGGAGCAGCGGCCUCUCGGACACGGCGUCGGCGAUCGUCCCCAGCACAACCCACUCCCCCGCUGACAGCGAGGAUGAGGCCGUCGAGAAGGAGAAGAAGAAAUCCAAGUUCAAAGCGCUGUUCUCCAAGCCCGGCCUGCAGAAGACGUCCCUGUCGCAGUCGCUGUCGGUGCUGCCCACGCAGCAGCCCGUCACCCCGAGGGUUCGGCUGCGGCCCAGCGACUUCCAGCCGCAGUGGGACGAGGAGGAGUCCGAGACCUCUCCGACCUCAGAACGAUCCUUUGAAAAUGCCCUGGAAGAGAAGCCAGCUCCUUCUCCUCUGUUCAAAUCUCGUAAACCAGCGUUUUUGGACAGUAGGCAGCUCACCCAAGGAACCACUAACCACACCAAAAAGGAUGGGCUCUCUUUGUUCAGCGGCCUUAAAUCCAAAAGCGAUCCCGUCUCCAAGUCCAGUCUGUGCAUCAAUGGCAGUCACGUUUAUAUGGAAGAGACCACGACAAAGGACAAGACUCCAACCUCCUCCCCCUCUCCUCACAACCUCAGGAGGAAGCAGCUCUUUGCCUCAGAGGAGAACCUGUCCUCCAGGUCCACUAAAUCACCUGAAGAGAUGGGAAGAACCUCUCCUGGUCAGGCUUUCUCUGGGUGCACAUCCUUGGAGACCUUCAAAUCCAUGACUUUGCCAUCAUACAAACUCCUCAGCAGCGAGGAGCACCUGGACACCAGCGUUCCACCGAGCGUCGAGGCUGUUAGAGAGACCAAAAAACCAGACCACAAAAAGUCUGCCUUGCUGUCCCUGGUCACUGGGAAGAAGGAAACGCUGAAGCCCAGCGAUGCUGAGAUUAUUCCCGACAGGACCCUGCAGAGUGAGGAAAACACAAUUCCAGAGGAGAAGAGUGAAGAGGAGGCCAAAUGCCCCGAACCCCCAGCAGAUGGGGGAGGAGGGAGCCCGUCAGGAGACGCUCACCAUGGGGAGGACGCCGUCACAACCAAGCAGCUGCUCAGCCCUCGUGAGGAGGAACGGAAACCCGAGAAAGCUGCGCCAGCCAAGACCAAAGCUGUGAAACCCAGACUGGGCCUGUCUCCAGAGGACGAACCCAAAGCCACACUUCCUACUCUUGCACCUGACCCUCUCCCUGCUUUUCUCUCUGUGCACCGUAUCAGCAGUGCAAAUAAUCCUUUUAUUUCUAAAGUGGGGCAGACAGUCCAAGUGCCAGACUCUAAAAACAUCACCAGUUCUCCUGCCUCUCUCGCUGCUCCUGCUUUCGCUGCAGAGCUUUGGAAUGACAAGAACCCCUUUACUCCUGAGUGGGACAGGGCAUCCAGAGCCCUGGAUCCCAACAGCAUCACCCGUUUCCCUUCAUCCCAUCAUCCUGCAGCGUCUGUUCCCAAAGCUCCUCGUCCUGGGCCAGUCUCUGCUAGGGGCAAUAAUCCUUUUGCUGCUGACUGGGGGCAAGGUCCCGAGGGCUCUGACACAGAGGCUUCCCGGGGUCUCUCUGGCCCACCCACACCUUCUGUCCCCUCUGGCUGUCAUUUCAAUGACAAUAAUCCCUUCGUGUCCAAGCGUGGGGGACAGCCAGUGCCAGGUUCCCAGGCUGUCGCUGGUUCUUCCCCUUCCUGCCUUCCUGGUGGUGAGGACUGUUCCUCUGCAGGACGCCCUGGUCCUGGUGCUUCAGGGGGCUCUUCGGAUGUGGCUUUAACCAGGGAUGUCACAGCUGUGCCAGACCCUCUUGGCACCUUGUCUGACCCCCCUGCUGGCCUCCCUGGGCUGGCUCCAGAGCUGCACUGUGAUUCUCCCCAGCUUCAGCCUGAGGAUUCUUUGGAAAGCAGUGAGCCAGGCAAUGCGAAAUCUAAGUCCUUUGUCCUUGGUGGAUGGCAGGGUGUUACAUCAGGUGAUGCAGGUUUGGGUGGGCAGGAAGGGGGAGAGCAGCACUCGGGUUCCAGUGGAAGGUUACGGACGGGUUCAGGGGCAGCAGGAGAGGGAGCAGGGUUUGGGGGCGAGCUGGGAGCAGGGGGUUACCCAUCGACAGAGCUCUCUGGUGACAGCACACAUCCCACCUGGAGCAGGGAUGGAACAGCUGUGGAGGUCACUGGUGUAAACACGGAGCCCUGCACGAGGGGUGACAAAGGUUUUGUGUCUCUCUCCAAGUCCAGUGACAGCCUCGUGCCAGAGGCUGACCAGGCACCGUCCCCCAAGAGCGAGCUCAGGGAGAAGCAGGAGAGCUGUGGUGGAGAGCGAUGGGUGGAAUGUGUGCCCAUGGUAGAGCCCCAGGCAACUCCACUUGCUGGAAAUGAGUCACUUUCUCCAGUCAAACCAACCCAGAGAGCCUGCCCGGUGUCCCCUCGGGACUCGGGUACAGGAGGGGCUGGCAGCGAGAUCCUUGUCCCACCAAGGCCAGCCCCACGGCUCGCUGCACUGCUGAGGAAAUGCCCACCCAUUUCCCAGGCUGAGCUAAGGGGUGAUGUCCCUGCUUCAGGUGAUGGUGUGAAAUCCACACCAGGGCUUCUGUUACUGGGUGAUGAAGCCUCAGCUGCUCGUGGGUGCCUCCCUCAAAGCGGCUCCUUGGAGACUGUCACCCCUCCAGUGACACCCAGAGGUAACAGCAGUGACAGGCCUUUAAAACAGGAAGGUGAUGACCAUUUAUCUGUCAGUCUCACAAAUCUCAAGUCUGCCAUUCCUGUUCCCGGAGACCGGGGCUCGAGACUGGCCAAUCUUCCAGCGAUCCCAGAGGGAGGCUCUGAUGACGAGCUGCUGGGGGACUGUCAGGAGGGCUGUGGGGUCACUGCAGGUGGUAAAGGUGCUUUACAGACUGGAGAGCAGCCCCGAGGUCUGACACCUUUGCACGGAGAACAAAGAGAGCUCUCUGAUAGCUCCGCUGCAGCCCUGGUGAUCCCGGCUGCUCUGGGAGGAGGAGGAGCUGUUCCUGGUGCCUGUAAGCCAGGGAGUUCAGCCGUGCUGCCUGCUGGAGUGGGUGCUCCCAGGGUCUGUGUCCAGGGAGCUGACUCAGGCUUAGGUGUGACGUCUCAUUCCAGGGAGUGCAGUGGUCAUUUUGAGAAACAAGAGCUGGAAAGGAGUGCAGGUGUUGAGGAGCGUGCAGAGUGUGACUUCUCUGAGCCUUCUGCUUCCUCUUCCUCCCUGUCAAGUCCUUGCCAGCCCUACUCUUCCUCUCAUUCCCUUCUCUCUGACACCCCAAAUCGUAGAGCAGAGUCUCCGAAAAAGCCAGCAGCCGAGGGCUUCGCAGAUAAAGCGGGAAAUUCGGGCAAGAAGAAACUUCUCCAGGCACGGGUUUCACCCUCUGAAACGUUCCCUAACCAAACCCCAUGGGGUGGUGAAACCGUGUCUCCCAAGCACAGACUCCAUCCCGUGAAGCCAAUGAAUGCCAUGGCAAACAAGCCUCAGAGUAAGAACCUGAAUGUCAUCAGCACCAUGAAUGAAAAGCUGCUGGAAAUGAGUGUGAAGAAAUACGAUCCCUCAGACCCUGCCUAUGCGUAUGCUCAGCUGACACACGAUGAGCUGAUCCAGCUGGUGCUGAAACAGAAGGAUACCAUUACCAGGAAGGACCUCCAAGUGCGGGAGCUCGAGGACUACAUCGACAACCUGCUUGUCAGAGUCAUGGAAGAAACCCCAAACAUCCUCCGUGUUUCCAUGUCUGGGAACAAAAAGGCUGGGAAGAUGUGAAGGGUCUCGGGAUGUCGGUGAACAAGGACUGAAUUCCCACCAGAGGAGUGUGAGGAGCUGGUGUGGAGCAGGUGGUACCGGUUGUGCUGCCCACAGAAAAUGACCUUUUUCCUGUUUCUGCCUUGAGCAACUCUCAGAUUGAUUAAUAGUUCCAUCAGGUGUUGUAAUGAAGUUGCCUUAUCAUAUUUAUUUUUUGUUUUCUUCCCAUUAUUUGGGAAGAUCAGGCAUUAAUCCAAAGGCUGGUUGUGAUGUGAAGGAGGAGGGUUUUUGAUGUGUUUUGCUUCCCAGCAAGGCGCUGAUGAUCCUUUAGGAAGAUGUUUUUAACUGGUUUUGUUUUGUAGCAGCUUUGAUAGAUCAGUUACUUUUCUUUCCACAUCUGAAGUUGUAGUGCAAUAUAAAUCCUUGUACAGUAGAGCUUGAGGAUUUGAUUGCUUCUAAAGUAAUAAUUAACUACACUGGAGAAGUCCAAAGAUGUCCCAGCUUCAGACCUGGGCUGUAAUUUAAAAGGAAUUAAUGCCCUGAAUGUUGACCAUAAGUUGACCAAAUCUCAGUUCAUCUCACCAAGUGGACAUUCCCAAGAGUUCUCCAAGGGCAAGUUUACAGGUUUUUUGGAGUAGGAGACGUUGAGGUUCACGGUACGUUUCUACCAUAGAAAUGGCAUCAAUGAAUUUGGGCCAAAGGUACAUUUUAAAUCAGAAGUUGUUCUCUUGGUGUCUUAAAAUUUCUGCUUUGGAGGUCGUUCAGAGGAGGCAAAGGCCCCCUGGCUCUGCUCGGUGCUCUGCAGCAGGCCUGGGUCUCACAUCUUGUGCCGUGUGGGAGUUCUGUGACCAUUUCCCUUUUACAUUGAAUUCAUUAAAUAUAAACCCCUUGGAUUUUGGAGCUGGGGCUCACCUUGAAUGCCCUCCAAAGGUGAUCAGUCUUGCAGUGCUUUUUUCUGUCAUUCCUUGCACAGCCCAGAGAGGGGAGGGAGCGCUGGGGCUCCCAUCUGCUCUGGCUCCUUGGGGCUGGCUGCUCACAGUGGGAGGAAAACCUCGUGUAGCUGAGGGGUGCUGGUGUUGCUGGAGAAUCGAUACCUUUGGUAGGGUCUCAGUGGAUUCAGGGAUUUCUCCUCCCCAUCCCGUCAGACAGCGGGAACAGCUCUUUGCUGGUGAGCAGCCACCACGGCUUCCCCCACUGAAAACUACAUGGGGCUUUGUUUUGGUGAGCUCUUGGCAAAGACCUAAAAAAAAAUCAGAUGCCUUUUUGCACCUCUGGGAUUUACCAGGGUAGGGAGAGUCCAUAAAAGGCUUAGAAGGAAGUUGGAAUACCAACAGAGUGGAAGCAAAGGACCAAAGCUUCAUGAGGACCAAAGCUUAAAGCUUUCCAGCCUGAGUUCUGUGGAAAUAAACACUCCUACCUUUGGAAGUUUUAUUGGGUCACUUCUGGCUCAGGGGUGAGUUCCAACUCAGUUUUCCUACAGCAAAGCACUUUAUGGAGGGACUGGAGCAGCUGGAUGGACUCUCACCCUGUGAGCAGUCUGCUUACAAUUGUCAUAAACCACUGGAAGCGACUGGAGACCUCAAUACUGUAUUUUUGUAGCAAAGAGCAGUUUAAUAUAUUUUCACGGAGAUGUAAACAUUUAUUAGAAAAAUCAAAAAAAUGCUGUUAAUGACAUUUUUAUUCCUGUAAACUGACCUGCUACCAAAGUCCAGAGCUUUUCUGGCAGAGCUGUCCCUCAGGGGCAGGCUGACCUCAAACAAGCCUUAGGAGUUGAGAGUCUUCCAAGACUUCAGGUACUUCUAUCUCAUUUUAGUGUUAUUUGAGCAGUGGAGGCAUUCUCUCUUUUCUCCUGUCCCCUCUGCUCUGAACAAAGGGUCCGAAACGCAGGCGGCCCUGGUGGUGGUGGUGAAAUCCUGAGUGGUGCUGCUUGGCCUUGCUGAAACUGCUGCUGUUGCUUCUUGUGCCUUCCCGAGUGAGGAAGAUGAAGGAUUGAUUUGUUUCCUCCUUGUGCCUCGGGGGAUCUCUGGACAGAGGAUCCUGUACCUCACUGAUAAAUUUGUAUUUUAGACUUUAUUCCACAGCUUUCCGAUGUUCUGGGUCAGAGAGGAAACCCUGUUGUGCCCUGGAACAGCGACUCAGCGGGUAAGAAACCCACACUGGUGUUACUGGUCACUGUAACUGGGCACAGGGGAGCAGGACUGGGCUCGCUCUAGGACAGUCCGGGUCCGAUGGCUGCCGGCUGCUGGUGGCACCUCGGGGUGUGCGACGCUUUUGGAGCCUGGGUCUCACGGAACUGGCCUCGUGUGCAUCACCGCUGCACAGAACCAAAGCAAUAACGUGUGCUUGUAGCAGAGAUGAAGCCUUAAAACCUCUAACACCCUCCCCUGGCAGCCUUUUUCUGCCAGCUCCAGCCGUGUCUGUUGGGAUGGACUCCGAGCUGUGCAAGGCUCUUGUCCUGGGGUUGUUCUCUCCAGUGGCUGCAGCUGUGGAGCCUCUUCCCGAGCAGACCCAGCGCUGGGGGGGACACAGGGGGGCCACAGGGGGGUCACAGUCCUUGACUUCCCCAGCUCCAAAAGCAUUGCACAACCCUCAUACCUCGUUUUUAUUGGCAAUACUUGUUAAAGCCUUCCUUCAGUGUGGGGGGACUGCCAUUUUACAUCCUCAAGGGCCUUAAGAAUCAAAUAUAUUGUUUUAUUAUUGAAGGAUCUGAGUGCAUGUUCCCUGUUUGUACUCUCUGCUUUUAGCCCAGGUACUGUUUGUUUUUAAACACCUUUUGGUUUUACGGAACACUACAAUAAAAAUACCUUAAAUCCA